UUUUUUCUUUCUUUCCUUUUUUUUUUUUUUGAAGUAGUUGGACAUUUACAUGGAUGGAGAAGGCGCCAUCUUACCUAUUACAUUUAGACCCAUUGUUUUAUUUUCAAUAGGUGUUUGGGGAUGGGCAUUGAAUUUAUUAAUUCUUACUAGAUGCGGCAUUGAUCUUAAUUCAAUACUUCAAAUUCACCCAAUUGACAAACAUACACCUUUAUAUAAAUCUGUUUUUUUCUUGUCUGGUCUCUUUUCUAUCAUUCUAUUUCUUAAUCUUGUAUUAUAUUGGUUUUAUCAAUCAGAGACUAUUGCUCUAUUUUCUUAUAUCUUUACUCUUGUUUUGGUAUUAUGGCCUGGAAAGUCAUUAUAUCGAAAAGAAAGAAUGCGUUUCAUUAGAAUGCUAAAACGAGUUUUUUCAAUCAAUAUAUUUGCAUCUGUUUUCUUUUCAGACAUUAUUUUAGCAGACAUGAUGACAAGUUUUUCCAACGUAUUUGGAGACUUAUUUAUAGCCAAUUGUAUUAUUUUCAGUGGUCAUGAUUCCUCCUAUUUUAUGGAUAAUACACAUAAUAUUUAUUAUUUUGAUAUCAUGGUUCCUUUAUUGAUAGGUAUACCCUAUUUAAUUCGACUACGGCAAUGUAUAACUGAAUACAUAGAAUUUAAAGAGAAACGUCAUUUAUUGAAUGCAUUAAAAUAUGCAUCCUCGAUACCAGUAGUUAUAUUUUCAGCCCUCUAUAGAAAGGCAACUAUUUAUAUUGCAGAAAUGGGAACAGUACCUACACAUUGGCCUUUAAAGGAAGAUACUAUCUUUCGAAUUUGGAUAUUACUUGUUUUCAUUAAUUCAAUGUAUUCCUUUUGGUGGGAUAUUUCAGUGGAUUGGAAUUUAAUUAAUGUUACCUUAGACUCACAGCAACAUCAAAAGAAGACUACUUUAUUAUCAUCAUCGACUCCUCUCAUUCAUUUUCGUCGACAGUUGUAUUUCCCCCAAACAAGUUGCUAUAUUUUGGCUAUCUUUUUCGAUUUCUUACUUCGUAUCACCUGGAGUUUUAAAUUAAGCUCACACUUUUACAUUCGAAAAUUAGAUACAAGUCUAUUUUUAAUGGGACUUUUAGAAAUCCUUAGACGAUGGAUUUGGGUCAUAUUUAGAAUAGAAAAUGAAUGGGUUAAAAAAGUCUAUAGUGUAUCUUUACCAAAUACAUUAGAUCAGUUAAGAAUGAAUAGAUUAGAUCGUAAACCUUCUUCUUCUUCUUCUUCUGGUUUAUUACCACCCAUUGCUGAAGAGGAAUCUCUUUUGUAAUUAUUUAAAUUUUCCCUUAAUAAAAAAAAAGA